AUGAAACGAAGUCAAUCACAGGAGCCGCCCCUCAAAAAGCGAGAAAUGUCAUCUGACGGCCUAGCACCACCAGAGGAAAUGCAUAUCUUGCAGAGAAGUCCUUCUCCAGACUCAAUGCUGGCCCAUUGGAGUCGCAACGUCCGCGGCGCUUUCUCGAACAUUGGCGGAGGCGAAGAGCCUAACGAGGUCAUUAAUGGCGCUACUCCUGAACCUUCAAAUUUCUUCUCGAACGCGUUCUCGGUCAUUAGCAGCCAGGUCCCCCGACUACCAGAGAAUGUUGGGCUUGCUCUCUCAAUCGCGAGGACAAAACUGUUUAGAAGUGGCCUCGUCGAUGACAAACAUUACGACCUUGAAGCAAUCAUCCAGGCGGCAGCGUCACUACCACCAAACUCGAAGACAUGCAAGGGUCUGGCUGGACUCCUCAUUAAGCCACUUUGGAACGAUUUGCAGCAUCCUCCGUUAGCCUAUCUGGGUGACGACUUCAAAUAUCGCAAGUCAGAUGGCUCCAACAACAAUAUCAUGUACCCCCGCCUGGGUGCCGCUGGCUCCUGCUACGCUCGUACUGUGACGCCUGAGACACUUGCUCCGUCCGUUCUUCCAGAUGCUGAACUCGUCUUCGAAACGAUAUUUGCCCGAGAAGGCGAAAUUAGGAAGCAUCCGAAUGAAAUUUCGAGUGUUCUAUUUUAUCUUGCAAGCAUUAUCAUUCAUGACAUCUUCCGAACCGACGAGCAUGAUUCGAAUAAGCUCAAAAACUCUUCGUACUUAGACCUCAGCCCCUUGUAUGGAAGCUCGGAUGACCCGAAAUCAGAUGCAUGCGUCGCGAAUGUCCGAACCUUCAAGGAUGGCAUGCUAAAGCCCGACACCUUCAGCGAGACUCGGGUUUACGCACUUCCGGCAGGUGUUGCUGUCUUGUUGCUGUGCUUCAACCGCUUCCACAAUUACGUUGCUUCACAGCUGAAGAUAAUCAACGAGGAAAAUCGCUUCAGCGAAGAUCCUCGACAAUCGCCAGAAGCAGCCCGGAAAAAGGUUGAUGAAGAUCUUUUCCAAACUGCCAGACUUAUUACCUGUGGUCUUUACGUGAACAUCAUCCUUCACGAUUAUGUUCGAACCAUCCUUAAUCUACAGGCCACUGACUCCACUUGGACCCUAGACCCGCGAACAGAUUGUGAAAGCAUCUUUGAUCAGCACGGCGUUCCCUCUGGGAUCGGCAACCAGGUCAGCGUCGAGUUCAAUUUGGUCUACCGCUGGCACUCAGCAAUCAGCGAACGUGACGCCAAUUGGGUCGAGGGUCUGUACCGUCAUAUAUUCAAAACCGAGGACAUCACGCCUUAUCUCCAGGACCGGGAACAAUUCUACAAAAAAGUCGGACCGUGGUUUGCAGAGAUCAAGGCCAAAAAGCCUGAAGAUCGGGAACAUCGUGAUUUUAGAAGGAAUGAGGAUGGAAGAUUCAACGACGAAGUCCUGGUCAAAAUCCUGGCGGAAAGCACAAAAGAUGUGGCUGGAGCCUUCGGUUCAAAGAAUGUGCCCUUGGUGAUGAGGCUGAUCGAGGUCAUGGGCAUCGAACAGGCUCGGAAAUGGAAUGUCUGUACCUUGAAUGAAUUCCGAAAAUUCUUCAAGCUUGAACCGCACAGAACGUUCACCGAUAUCACCAAGAAUGCUGAUGUUGCUCGCACUCUGGAGACACUCUAUUCGAAGCCAGACUAUGUUGAAUUGUACCCGGGUUUGGUUGCUGAAGACGCAAAGCAAGUCUUGGAGCCCGGAUCUGGUCUUUGCCCCGGAUAUACAGUCUCAAGAACAAUCCUUGCUGAUGCAGUUGCAUUAGUAAGAGGUGACAGGUUCUACACCGUGGAUUAUACUCCCGCAAAUCUUACUAACUGGGGCUGGAAUCUAGUCAAGUCAGAUCCGGAGGUCGCUGGAGGUGGUGUCAUCUACAACCUGUUGAUGCGCGCGAUGCCUUCGUGCUACAGAGGCAACUCGGUCUUUGCGAUGUUUCCUUUCGUCCGUCCAAGCAAGACCCGUGAGCUGCUGGGGAAAAUCAACAAACUGGAUGACUAUGACUUUUCAGACCCAUAUAUGAAGCCGCCGCCAAAGCCUGUCAAGUCUCAUAAAGCAGUUACGGAUAUUCUCAAAAACAAUCGUUCGUUCAAAGUGCCCUGGGGCCCGCAUACCAAAGCACUGACAGGUCAUGACUUUAUGCUGGGUGGAGACGAAUUUCACAACCGAGUCCAGCGGCAUGAGAUUAUGGAAAAAUUAUACACGCCUUGCGACUGGGCGCAGCAAAUCCGCGACUACUAUGAGCAAACAACUUAUCAACUCAUCAAAGUACAUAGCAACAAGCUACUGGAGAACCGAUCUCAGAUAGACAUUGUUAAAGACAUUGCUAACCCAUCUCACACCCUAUUCGCUGCUCGAAUGUUUCACCUUCCGGUUGAUGACCCAGAUCAUCUCUUGCCUGGGGCCAACACAAAGAGCUUGUAUCUCGGCUUCGCCAGUCUUUUCGCCUAUGUUUUCCUCGACAGUGACACUGCCAGAUCUUUCAAGCUUCGGACAAACGCGAAGAAAGCGACGGAGAAAUUGAGAAACCUUGUGCGAAAGGUCGUGCAGGCCGUUGCACUCGACGAGCACCACCAUUUCAACAAGCUAUUCGACUGGAGCACCAGCGGGAAGCUUCUGUCAGAUUAUGGCAUCCACAUGAUCCAACGUUUACUCAACAGGGGGAAAAGAGUGGAUGAGGUAGUGGCAGAAAUUCUCCCAACUGCUGCAGGGGCCGUAGCGACACAAGCACAAGCAAUGGCUCAGAUGCUCGAUGUGUACCUUGAACCAGACAACAUGAGACAUUGGCCAGAGAUCCGACGAUGUGCUUACUCGAACGAUCCAGCCGACUUCAAGACACUACAGAAGUACGCACUCGAAGCUUGCAGACUUGCACCAGCUGCAUUUGGUCUCUUGCGCACUGCUGCCGAGUCAGGGAAGAUUCAAGAUGGCAACAGGACCAUCUCCUACGAAAAGGGCAAUAUGAUCUACACCGAUUUUGUCUCCGCGGGUCGUGACAUGAGAACCUUUGGAGGAAACGCAAACGAGAUCGACGUCAGCCGUGACCUCAACGAUUACAUCGAUCAGGGUCAUGGCCCGCAUGACUGCAUUGGCCGAAACAUCAGUCAGAUAUCUCUGGCAGUUCAGCUGGGACUUUUUGCCAAAUUGAAGAAUUUGCAGAGAGUGCCUGGUCAGGCCGGGAAGCUCAAGUACACCACUGAACUUCCUCACGGGAACCCUGGAAGUAUUCGGGUAUAUAUGACGGAGGAUUGGAGUAGUUGGUGGCCGUUCCCCACCACAAUGAAAGUUCAACACGAAGGCUUCUGCAAAACUAUCGAAGAACAUACCUCUAUCCAUGGCCAGAGGAAUAUCGUGAGGAGGGUAGAUAGUGUUAUGAGUCCACCUGAUAUCCACAUGAACGGCGCUUCUCAAGGGCUGGGCAAGGAGAUCCUGACCGCCUUUGCGCGUUCUGGCGCUCACGGCGGGGCUGUCGACCUCUCCAUUGGCUCGGCCAAGCAAUCCGUGUCAGAAAUCAACACUGAGCUCAAAGAAUCCGGGCUGCCUCCUGCCAACCUCAAGGGUUAUGAAUGUGAUACAUCUUCUGAGGAAGGCGUGAAGAGCACUUGGCAACAAAUACUGAAAGACUUCCAAAGGAUAGACGUCGUAGUCACCAACGCAGGGAUCAUUGGGGAGUCGCCGGCGGAGGAAUACCCGUUCGAGGACUGGAGGAGGUUGUUGGAGGUCAACGUGAACGGGACCUUCUUGUUUGCGAGGGAAGCUGGGAAGCACAUGCUGGAAAAAGAGAUCAAGGGAACCAUCAUCAUGAUCUCGUCUAUGUCCGGCCUUGUGGUGAAUCGACCUCAGAAGCAAAGUGCGUACAAUGUGUCGAAAGCAGCGACGACGCAAAUGAUGAAAUCCUUUGCCACCGAAUGGGCCCCACACGGGAUCCGCGUGAAUGCGCUCUCACCAGGUUACAUUCAGACACCGAAAAACGAGGGGGAGGAGAUGAAAAAGAGGUCCAAGGAAUGGAUCCAGCACAUUCCGCUCGGCCGCGUCGCCAAACCUGACGAGUUCAGAGGCACGGUGGUCUGGAUGGCCAGUGAUGCUAGCAGUUACAUGACUGGUGCAGACAUCGUUGUUGAUGGCGGCUAUACCGCUUGGUGA